AUUUGAUUCUUUCUUUAAUGCAGUGAAUACAGUCCCCUAGAUACAGUAUGACAUUGUUCAGUACUGUCAAAAUCUGAACACUUUUUCAAAAAGAACAGCAAGUUCAUUGGCUUUGUACUAUUUUGUUACUAAUGGAAGAUGGGAAGAUAUUAGCAAUAUGGUUUUAUGACCGUGUACAAGUCCUUGUAAAUUUGAAUUCCCUUUGUUUUGACCCAAGUUAAAUUUAUGUUGCCAUUCAACCAUAAAAAGCACCAAUGUUUUGGUUAUAAAACAAGGGCACAAUGAUCGUCGUAAGAUAGUAGGUCUUUCAGAGUAUUAUACAACUCAAUCUCACUCCAAGACCCUAUUAUAAAUAUCAACUCUAUCAUUUAAACCCAUUCACGUAAUUGUUUUGGCUAUAAGAAAUACUUCCCCAAAUCUGAUAACAUAGUUCCCAUAUCCAACCAUUUGUAUCGUWAUGUGUUGUGAGUUUUCCUUGGAACAAAACUACAUGUUAAUUCUGAUUGGCAUAUGACAAGUUGACACAAAAAAACUUCUUAAAAAACAUAUUUGAACAAAUUUAAAAUUUACAUUUGAAAGAUAACUUAUUAUAUAUUGGAUUUUUACUAUUUCUCAAGCAAAAACCUUUAUAUUUUUAGAUAUCAUUACCCCCCCCCCCAAAAAAAAACUCCCAAAAGCAGAUGAAAGAUAGCGUUGACUCUUGUGAAGUGUUUUGCAUGGACAAUUAAAAUAAAAUUAAAAUAUUUUGAUAAUAGUGCGAUGUUCACACAACAACAGUUACUACAGAAAGACAUGACGUUUGGAAAAGGUCAAGGUUGAUCAUUCAAAGGAUGGAAACGUUACUGACAGAUUUCUAAUUAUAGAUCAAACUUAAAUUUUGACUGAACAUUUACUACCUUGUCUACCCUGUAAAAAUUUAAAAGAAAAAUUAAGAAAAAUGCAAAAAAAAAAGGUCAGGAAAAGAAGAAAAAACCUCUGAAACCAGCAAUUGUCUACCAACCAUGAUCUUAUUUUGUGCCCCUGAAGAGUUAAUUUUUAUUUUUCCCCUAUAUCCACAGGUUUACUCAGUGUCUUCAUCUAAUUCUCCUGGAUUAAGUAGUAGAGGAUCUAGUGACAGAGCUGACAGUUUAGGUGGAGAUGGAGGAGAAGAAAAACUUAGCAAAACAAAUUUAUAUAUUAGAGGUCUAAAAGCAAAUACUACUGAUGAAGACUUAGUACGACUUUGUCAUAAAUAUGGGACUAUUAUUUCAACAAAAGCUAUUCUAGACAAAGACACUAAUUUAUGUAAAGGCUAUGGCUUUGUUGACUUUGAAAACCCAUCGUCAGCCCAGAAAGCAGUGCAAGCACUUGUUACCAGAGGGAUCCAGGCACAAAUGGCCAAGCAACAAGAACAAGAUCCUACAAAUUUAUAUAUUCAAAAUCUUCCACCACACUACGAUGAAGCUAUGUUGGAAAACAUGUUUAGCAAGUAUGGCAAGGUCAUUUCUACUCGGAUUUUGCGAGACAAGGAUACAAAUAGCAAAGGAGUUGGGUUCGCCAGAAUGGAAAGUUCAGAGAAAUGUGAACAAGUCAUAAUGGAUUUUAACAAAAAGACUUUGCCAGGUUGUAUUCAGGAGCUAGUGGUGAAGUUUGCAGAUGGUGGACCAAAGAAAAGACAACCUGAUCAACCAUGGCAACAAACUCGGCAUGAGGGAGGACUGCAAGUAGGUGGUUAUGAAUCCAUGGUACUCCAGAAUGGAAAUACAAGAGUAAUAACUACCCAUGGKACAGCUAUUCCUAGUCAGGGUGCUUAUGUACAAGGAGUGCCACUACCUACCUAUCAGUUACCAGCAGGUGGAAGUUGGGUUACACCACAACAUUAUCUACAGAUGCAAGCUCAUGUCCCUCAUAGCCAGAUAGCAGUCAGUCCUGCUUCAAUGGAGCACAGUGCAGCAGUUCAUCAAAAUGCUUUAGCAAACCAGAUGAACCAAAUGCACAUUUCGGCAGGCUCACAGUACGUCACUAGUCCAGUACAGAGCUCAUUCCCUCAAAAUUCCUGGCAAGUYGUACAGCAUUCAGCUGCAGCUGGGGGGCAGGGGCAGCAUCACCAUCCACAGCAUUACGUAGGAAUGGAGGACCCUAGCUCCAUGUUAAGCAGUGACGUUAGUGAUCAUGGCCCUCCCUUAUCGCCUCAGGCAGGGGUACACCAUCAACAAAUGACAUCAGCUGAGCAAGGACUUGAUGACCAACACAUAGCAGCUUAUUCCGCUGCAUAUCAGCAAAGAUGGCAGCUAGACCCAGCUCCAAGAUAAAGACGAUAAAUGAUUUUCCAAUUCUAGAUAAAUGGUUAGUUGUACAAUUGUUCACCGUUGUUUGAAAUGGGUGUUCGUUGGUAUGUGUGUUUGUAUAAGUUUACAUAAUCAUAAUUCCUUAACUAAAUUCCCAGAUGAUCUAAAUUAAUAAGUUAAAUAAUUACUAGUUUAAAUUGACAUUGUUUUUGUACAAUUUUAUCUGAAAUACCCUACUAAUUUGACAUUGAAAUAGUCGAGCGAGCAUACGACAAGUAAGGGAUCGAAUCUUAUGAAUUUACGUUGCAAUGUAAAAGAAUAAAAACAGUUUCGAAAACAGGUUAYAUGAACUCCUUUCCUAAAAUCGUAAUUGCUUAAUUUCACUGCUUUGCUAUUUUACUAAUUUUAAAGAGAUGCUGUUCGUCUCCACGAAGUUUGUUUUUGGCUCAGUUCAUGAAUUUAAAUGAGAGAUUUGGACACGAUACCUGUCACAAGAUUCAUUCUCUUACUUGCGAACUUCUUUAGAUAAUUCAUUAAUAGCAUUAAUAUUCACAAAUGAUGUCUCGAGUAUCUCAUGUUCCAAAAACGCAAGGUUAUUUUUUGCUAUAAGAGAGAGAUUGAAUUACCAUGAAGAAUUGCAACCUUACUUUAAAACUACAGGUAACUUGUGUUCAGCCUCAUUCCCGACGCUGUUUUUAGUCUAUAGAAGAAUUGACGACUCGCUGGAUAACAGCUAUCUCUGCUUGUGUUUAUUAGUGUGAUGUACGUGUGCAAUAUAAAGGAAUAUUGGACGCUGACACAGCGAAUUAAUUGGUAUUGCCAUUGCCUAAUCACAAAAGAGUGUAUAAAGUUUUGAGUGUUUUUAUAGCUGUUCAUGAGUUACCUGUAAGUUAUUAAUAAUGUUAAAAAUUCACCGUAUAAACCAUUAGUCCUGACUAACUGUAUCUUUUGCAUAGUGCUGCUCAUCUUUCUACAUGCGUUAUACACAGCUAUUAUAUUUUUCGAAAUUUUUGAAUUACCAAAGACGUAUUUUGAGACCAAACGAAAAACAUAUAUAUAUAUGCAUCAUCCAAUGCAAGCAGGCCAACUAUUUAUCGCAAGUCUACAAGGCUGCUAGAAGCUAAAAACAUACUCUUAAAUAUGAUAUACGUUAUUUAUCUGAAUGGUAAGACGAAUAGUUGGAUUGCCUGUGUUUUGAACAGACCAAAUAUGGUCUAAAAAUCUCAUAUGAUUACGUCACGAUCUAUUUAUAAACCUGUCAUGAAAAUUAUUAAUUUUUUUCUACGAAGGUCUGGGACCUUAUCUUUCCUCUGGAGUUGUCGCAGGCGAUAUUCUAGAGGCUAUUAUUCUGUAUAUAUUCUAUACUCCCCACUAGAAGGCAAAAAUGCCUUUAUUUSAAAUAUUAUGGCUUUUAAAAACGCAUAUCAACUCAUUUAUUCAUGUUGCUGUUUGACGUCAGGAGCCUCUUAGUUAAGGCUGAUAAUGCACUCGCAGGUUUUGACGAUUAUUUGGGCGUAUAGGUGUUCAAUAUGAGUAGUGAGCAACGAGUAGUUUACGACUUAGCAUGGUAGAAUCAUUUUUGCUCCUAUUUACCUCAAACUUUGCCAUAUGAAAUCAGCUUGUAGAAUUUUUACUGAACAAGGAUAUCAGUCAGUUUUUGGUUUCGAGACGUCUCAAAUUUUUUUCCCAAAUUCCCGUUUAGUAAUAAGUUUUCUUAUCAUUUACUCUUUGUAGCAAAAUCUCGAGAAAUAUAGCGUCUUUUUCCAAUUGUUUAUUUGAUGAAGAGAAAGGUAUAUUUUGGUCUAAAAUGGCCGGGGAAAAUAAAUUUUUUGACCAAAAUGAAUCUCUUUUAUUAUCCCACCCCUGCAGCUUAGAUAAAUUGGUCUAAUAUCUGACGUGCAGCUAAAUACGUCGCUCACUUCGCCUGUUGGGCGUGGCAUGCACGUGCAUGUCACGUGUAUUAGUUCGAAUUUAUUUAUAGAUUUUUACUUGAUUUUUUCUGUCGAUGACGGAUGUUCUUUAUAUAACAGUCUGAUAUUCUUGAGCAGAUCACUUAUGUACACAAUAAUAUACAUGGACUGAUAUACAUAGAUACGCUGCCAUGCAGCUCUGAGUAUCGAGACCGAGUCUCGUUUUGUUUUUUGUUUAACCUGUUUUUAUGACGAAAAACUUUGAAAAUUGAGAUGGAUGAUUAUGUAUUUUUUAGAUAAUUUUUCACCUAAAAAUCGAAUACUUUAAGGCGAUUAUGUAAAGAGGUUAGAGUGAUUCACAUUGCCUUAGUGAAGUAAUUAAAUUUCUAGUAAAGUUGGCUUAUGAUCCAUUAUCGGUAGUCCAGCUGAAGUAGAAACAGUAGGAUUACAGUUUUCUUAAAUAUUUUUCCACUAGAGCGAAGUAGAAUCACUCUAAACAGAGUUUAUCUAAUGUUCUUAAAUACCAUAGAUAGACCUGAUCCGUUUUAUCGUAUAAUAAAUGCCUUCUUUCACGAAACAAUUCACUUUUGGGGUCUGCUAUAACGGAAAGGAUCAGCUUUUGCUUUGUGAUCACUGACGCAAACAGAUGUGUACCGUUUAGUUGGGGAAUGUCCAUUCAACGUACAGCUGUUUCGAUUCUGUUCACAAGUAAACGACCCUAAAUUACCGCCAACCAGCUACCACUUAUCAUUGCAGACACCGAUACAAUGACCUUAAAAGUGAAUGGUUCCGUGUGAAGGAGCUCUAGUCGUUCUAAAAAUCGGCCUAAGUUUCGUACGUGUAAAUUGGCCACGUCGAAGGGUCAGCGAAUGAGUGUGACCCGCAGGGGGAGG